UGUUAUUUUAAGGUCUCAGAGUGCAAAUGCUGUGGUAGAAGCUAGUUGUGCUGAGAUUCUGCACACUACCCAGAUGACUGUUUGAAAUUGCCUCCCUAAUUUGUCCCUUGCCGAACUUUGAUUGCUUCCCAUCAUCUUGUGUGAUAACCCAGCCCCUUUUGACUGGCAUAACCCUGACAUUCAUUGACCUGAGCUCACUGAUACCCCUGCCGUCUCUCCCUGGGUUACUGAUACCAGCCUUGAUACCCUCACCUCGGAGAUGAACAUUGACGAACUGCAAAAGGAAGAGCUCAAGAGUGAACUGAGCAAGAGAGGAGAGGACGUUAGAGGAACCAAAGCUGUCCUGAAGGAAAGGCUACAGCAAGUCCUGAAAGAAGAAGCCAUGGAUGGUGGGAAGCCCCCAGAAAUCGAGAAAAAGAAGGAAGACAUCAAAGAGGAUGAUGAAAACUCCACAAGCUCAAGCUCAAAACCAGCAUCAAGUGCGCGGACUUCAGCGAGCAUACGCUCAGAGAGAGCAAUAGAAAAAGCCAAGCACGCGGGUCUGCUGGCGAAGAAGCGGGCUCUGCUGAAGAAGCACCAAAUAGAAGCUCAAGAGGCGCAACUGAGAAAAAUGAAAGAGGAACUCGAACUUCAGGCAGAGAUCGAUGAGUGUGCAGCAAAGGAAGAAGUUCUUGGCCGGUACGAAGAUGCAGUGAUUCAAGAUGACAAUAAAGUAAUGUCUCUACAAGAAGACCUCAAGGACAAGGAACGCAGAGAUCCGGUUACAGCUACAGGAGAAGAGACAAGGUGGCCAAGAGCGACCAAGAAGAAAAACAGAGAGCCCAGAGUAGCUGCAGACGAAGUUGAAAACGGUUCAACGCCAGGUGCGGAGCCUCAUGUUGAGGUCAGAGCCUCAUCGGCCAGUGCAGAUCUACAGCUCAUGAAAAGGAUAAAUCUGCCCGAACUGAAGUUGAGUACGUUUGAUGGUAAGGCUGAAGCUUUCAAACCAUUCAUGAGAGCGUUUGAAACCAAUAUCGCGUCGAAACUAAAUGAUGAGUUUGAAAAACUGAUGUAUCUCAUGCAAAUGACAAGUGGUAAGGUGCGUGAGAUUGUAUCCACGUGUGUCCAUCUGCCUCCAGACAGGGGAUACCAGGAAGCGGUCAAUCUGUUGAACCGAAGGUACAGCAACAACACGCAGACUGUGUCGAGUCUGAUUGAAGGCCUGGUAAAUCACCCAAGUAUCAAGCCUGAUGACGUUGAUGCGUUGGACAUGUUCAGCAUCCAUCUCCGUGGAGCGUACAACGCUCUGCAGACCAUCCCAGGUGGCAUCUCUGAUGUUGGUCCGAAGACCAUUGGACGAAUAGUAGAGAAACUUCCAUUCGGAAUGAUGGACAGAUGGCGCAGGGAAGCUGAUCGCAUUGAACAUGCCGAGAAGAAAACAGCAGAGCUCAAGAACUUGGUUGAUCUAGUCGAACAAGAGGCUAGAGUCGCAAGGCAUCCAGUCUAUGGCAGGCAAGCGUUGAGCACACAGAGAAAAGAUGCGAAGGUGACACCUACGAAGCACCUGAAAACCAUGACUGGAAGUGUCAGGACUGAUGCUGCUCUAGCCAAGAGGUGCAGGUACUGUAACGGGGACCACACGACCGACGUCUGUAAGGAACUGGCUCGGAAGUCCGAUCCCGAAAAGAAGACGUUCGUCAUGCAGAAGGGCCUCUGUUUCUCAUGCCUCGAGUUCGGUCACAGGGCAAAUGACUGCAAGCUCAGGGCGACGUGUCAGACCUGUAAGAAACGACACCCAACCGCUCUACACAGGAUCACAAGCUCGACAUCAAGCUCUACCGAGACCGUCACUACUGGCCACAUCGCCUCCAAUCGUGUCGCUGGUGGCGCCAAGCUUCAGGCCGUACGGGUCACGGUCAAAUACAAAGGAGCCGCUACAUCAACACUAGCUUUCCUCGACUCCGGAAGCACCCAUUCGUUUGUUUCACAGGAUCUGGUGAGAAAACUCGGCAUGACACCACAGCAGAAGACUUCAGUCAUCUUGUCUACAGUAAGAGAUGAGUCGAAGCUGGAGAGCAGCCUGGUGACACAGGUGUGCAUCGAGGACCUUCAAGGCGAGCACACCAUGGAGCUGCCUCCGAUGUACAUGCUGAACAAGAUAUCGAUCAGCCCGGAAGAUCUCCCAUCUGAAGAAGAUUUGCAGAUGUGGUCUUACCUAUCAGAAAAUGGAGUGAAGUUGGAGAAAGUUGACCCUGACUGUGAAGUGGGCCUCCUGAUCGGGAACAACGCAGCAGCUGUUAUGGAACCCAUGCAAGUAGUUCAAGCUGUAGAUGGUGGACCAUAUGCCGUACUGACGAGAUACGGCUGGAUACUGGGAGGAGUGAAGAAGGAGGGCAGGACGUGCCAUCUGAAUCGCAUCAGUGUGCACAUGGACACAGACAACUGGUUUGAGAACCAAGCCGACACGAGGAAAGGACUGUCCGUAGAGGAUAUCCAAUGGUGUGCCCUGAUGGAAACAGGCUGUGUGAAAAAACCUCAUGGAUAUGAAAUCAAAAUGCCUUUCCGAGAGAACGGAACGCUGCUGGGUAACAACCGAGAGCAAUCAGAGAAGCGACUGGAGUCGCUGAAGAAGAGGUUUGAGAAGGAAGAAGUGUACGCCGCGGAGUACACAGCCCAGAUGGCGGACUUGCUACAACGAGGGUACAUCGAGGAAGCUCCGGAAACAUCGGAAGAAACCGGCAAGUGGUACCUACCACACUUCGGUGUUCGAAACCCGGCAAAGAAGAAGGUGAGAGUGGUCUUCGACUGUGCAGCGAAACACAACGGGAUAUCGCUAAACGACAACCUGCUGCAGGGCCCCGACCUUACGAAUUCCGUCUUUGAUGUCCUUGUACGUUUUCGUGAACAUCCGUAUGCCUUUACCGGUGACAUAGAGGCUAUGUUCAUGCAGGUGGAAGUUCCAGAGUACCAGAGAGACUACCUACGCUUCCUGUGGUGGGCAGACGGGGACGUGUCGGCGCCACCGAAGGAAUACCGAAACACACGGCAUCUCUUCGGUGCGAAGUCCUCUCCGAGUUGUGCGAAUUUGGCGCUCCACAUGACAGCCGACGACCAUGGUGGCGGAAAACCGGAGGCUUGCAACACCAUCCGACAGAACUUUUACGUCGACGACGUAUUGAGAUCGGUCAGGAGCGAAGAGGCCGCCGUCAGCCUGGUGAAGGACUUGAAGGACGUGUGCGCAUCAGGAGGUUUUAACCUCACCAAGUUCAACAGCAACAGCGCAAGGGUGCUGGAGUCUGUUGCCAGUGAAGACCGAGCCAGAGAGGUGAAGAAGUUUGAGCUGGACGCAGAUGUUCAUCCUGUUGAGCGCACCCUUGGAGUCCUCUGGGACACGAGGUCGGACACCUUCGGGUUUCAGAUCGACGUGGACAAAUUGAAGAGGAAGCCGGUUACGAAGCGAGGCAUGCUAUCAGUAGCAGCUUCAUGCUACGAUCCCCUGGGCCUGGUGGCGCCGUGCAUCGUAAAAGGAAGAGCAUUCAUUCAGGAGCUGUUCCGCCUGAAGGUCCCCUGGGACGCACGUGUGCCUGACAUGAUCAGAGAGCGAUGGGAGCGUUGGCUCCAUGGUCUGAGACAUCUCAAAGACUUCGGUGUCCCGAGAUGUUUGUCUCCCAGAGGUGCAGAGCGAGCUCAGAUCGAACUUCAUCAUUUUGCAGACGCCAGCACGAAGGCCUACGGCACCGCUUCGUACAUGCGCACCGUUUACGUGGACGGAAGUAUCCACUGUGCACUUCUGACGAGUAAGGCACGCCUCGUUCCUCUGAAGUCAAUCAGUGUCCCCCGGUUGGAACUGACUGCUGCUAAGUUGGCCGUGCAGGUCGGUCAAGAGCUGAGCCGCGCCCUGAGCGUCGAAGUCGCCAACUUCUACUGGACGGAUAGCACCACGGUGCUAAAGUAUAUCCAGAACGUGACAACGAGGUUUCACGUGUUUGUGUCAAACAGGCUCGCGGUCAUCCACGACGGUUCAUCGGUGGAGCAAUGGAAGUACGUGCCAACAGAGUUGAAUCCGGCCGACCUCGUGUCCCGCGGCACUGAUGCUUCCAGUCUGUCUGACAGUGAGCUCUGGAAGCAGGGUCCUGCCUACCUGUGGCGCACCAGUGAUGAAUGGCCGACGUGUCCCGAGAAUAUGAGACUCGAGAAGACAGACCCAGAGGUGAAGACAAGUGCAUCAGCUGUCUUCUCGGCUGCGACGACAGCUAACACUGGGACGAGAGACGUGACACCGAGAGAAACAACCGCUUCAGCAACAGUCUCUGAAUGCUCAGAGGCACCAAGGAAAUCUCCUGUGGAAAAACUGGUGGAUCACUACGGAUCUUGGAAGCGCCUAGUGCGCGCGGUGGCGCUGCUGCGCCGAGUGUUCGCCGUACUCAAGGAGAAGUCUCGAGAAAAGGCAGCACGAGAUGACAGGGAAUGCCAUUCAUCGGCCUCACGAACGGCCCUGACUCCGGGUGAUCUGAGUGAGGCUGUACUGUGCAUCGUGAGAGACGCACAGAGGAGACACUUCGGUACAGAACUCUGUGAACUUCGCGCAGGAAAAGAGGUUCGUCCGUCAAACCGUCUGAUACGUUUGAGCCCUUUCUUGAAAGAUGAUGUCGUAAGAGUAGGAGGCCGGCUUAGAAACUCACACCUGUGCAGAGCAACGAAGCACCCUCCGAUACUCCCGAAUAGGGACCGGCUGGUGGAACUUCCUAUUCAAGACGUGCACCAGAGAGCUGGGCAUGAGGGUAGGCAGCAUGUUCUAGCCGAUCUUGGUCGGGAGUACUGGAUACUGGGCGCCAACUCUGCCGUUCGUCGAACCCUGAGUCGCUGCGUCAGCUGCCGUCGGCGACAGAGGCCUCCUGAGAGUCAGCGCAUGGCAGAUCUGCCUGAAGACCGAGUGCGGGAGGGCGAGAAGCCGUUCAGCAGUACCGGCGUGGACUAUUUCGGUCCUUUCUUUGUGAAGAGAGGGAGGGGACAGAUCAAGAAGUACGGCGUAAUCUUUACCUGUCUCGUCGUGCGAGCCAUUCACAUAGAGGUCGCUGAAAGUCUGACCACAGACUCCUUCUUGUGCGCGCUGCGAAGAUUCGUAGCUCGCAGGGGCACUGUGCGCCUUCUGCGCUCUGACCAAGGCACAAAUUUCAUAGGAGCCGAGCGAGAGCUGCGAGACGAGCUCUCGAAACUCUUGCAGAAGGGAGAAGAGAUCAGAAGAGCGGCUCUGGAAAUGAACAUCGAAUGGCGUUUUAAUCCCCCUCACGCAUCGCACUGCGGAGGCCCGUGGGAACGGCAGAUACGUACUGUAAGGAAGAUCCUCGGAGCUCUGCUGACACAGCAGUCAUUCACUGAUGAAACCCUUCACACUCUGCUGUGCGAGGCAGAAUGUAUCAUGAAUAACCGUCCCUUGUUUCCAGUCAGCGCUGAUCCCAGAGAUGAUCUGCCGAUCACGCCAAACCAUCUGCUUCACACGAGUUGUGUGACACUCCCUCCCUCUGACUCACCUGUCGAGUGCGACCUUGUGGGUAAGAAGCAGUGGAAGCAGGCGGCUUACCUGGCUGAGAUAUUCUGGCGCCGGUGGCGCAGAGAGUAUUUACCGUUCCUGCAGCAGAGACCUGGGCCCAACACGCGGAGCAAAGCCAACGUGAAGAGAGGAGACGUAGUACUCCUAGUAGACGAGUCUGUGCCUCGGGGAGUUUGGCCAAUGGGACGAGUAGAAGAAGCCAUACCGAGCACCGACGGACGGGUGCGCUCGGUGCGGGUCCUCGCGCGCGGCACCAUCUACCACCGGCCAGUCAACAAGAUCGUCAAGAUCGUUGGAGGAGAAGAGUGAAGUGAAGUGCUGUUUGAAGCGAUAGAAGAGCAUUGGAAGAGCGCGUGCAUGAACUGGUGUCAAGCAAGCUGCUUUUUUCGUUUGAAAUAAAAAUAAGAGUUUUGAUGCGCAGAUGGCGUCAUCAAAAAGGGGAGGGUGUAAGUGCAGACGGCUCCUUCCAAUCCAUUCCCUUCUGUUCUAUCUCUCAUCCCAUGUCCAACAUGUCCAGCUGGUGGCGACCUCUACAUUGUAGCCACGAGCUGUUGGUUGGUUCUGGUUGCUAGUUUACUUUCUAGAUGGCGCUGCUAGUGACGUUGUGGAAUGGAUAGUGGUGAACGGUGUAGAGUGAAUUUUCGGACAUGUUUUCAUUCGGUCAUCUCUAAGUCGCUGAUGUGUCAAGAAGGAUGAGAGGGACACGUGAGAGAGCAUUGUUGUUUCGCAUUCUCGUAGUUGGAAAGGAAACAGAUCUCGAUACAAAGCGUCUGACCACCGAGUGAAGCUGAGACAAAUACAUCACCGAUGGCGGACCGGU